UGGUUCACCAUGGUGGCCGUGCGCCGCCGGCCCUGCCACUGGGUGCUGGUGCCCGUGCUGGUCUCGUGCAUCACUGCCAUCGUGCUGGUGGUCAAGCCGCCCAUAUUCGGGUUCAAGAACACACUUCACCGUGAAAUGGUCAUAGGCGGAUCGUGCGGCGUUGUGUCCACGCUGCUCGUCGGUGUGGAGAACGCCUUCAAGGUGAACAUGCCCGGUGUGACGCGGGUCGUGGUGCUUUUCCACCUGUCUUGCGUCAUGAUGGUGGUCUCGUUCGUGGCCGGAUCGUUGGCGGGCACCUUCAACAUCAUCCGCAGCGGCCCCGAGGUCUCCGAGUUGCUGUUUGUCGUCUACCUGUCCUACGUGUCCCAUAUAUCGCUCGCCAGGCAGGUUCGUCGCGAGCACACGUGGGUCAUCCUGCUGGUGCGCAUCGUGGCCAACAUCGUGUGCGCCAUGGUGCUCGAGGGCGCCUUCGUCGACCCCGACCUUCUGGACUCGGUGCAGAUCCUGGCGGCCGUCAUGGUCGUCUUCGCUGGCGCGCUCACCACCUUGCACCUGCUCGUCGAGGGCCAGGAGAACUCGCCCGUGGUCGCUUCGCACCGCUUCCUGCAGCUGUUCACGUAGCUGAGGCCCAGGGCCGCCGCCUCGACAUGCCUCACUUCCCCUCGCGGUUUCGAGAUGUGAUCUUUUGCUUUAA